GGGUAUGUUGCAUCACAUGAUUGUCAUUUGUCAGUAAGACAUGUCCUUCUUCGGAGGAAAUCCGUUUGCUUCGCCCGUCGGGCAAAGAAUAGAACAAGCCACAGAUGCUGCCCUUGCAUCAGAAAAUUGGGCAUUGAAUAUGGAAAUUUGUGACAUCAUUAAUGACACUGAAGAUGGGCCCAAAGAUGCAAUCAAAGCCAUCAGGAAACGUCUAACACAAAAUGCCGGAAAAAACUAUACGGUGGUUAUGUAUACCCUUACUGUUUUGGAGACGUGUGUCAAAAACUGUGGGAAACGAUUUCAUAUUUUGGCAUGCAACAAGGAGUUUGUUCAGGAAUUAGUCAAACUGAUAGGUCCCAAGAAUGACCCUCCAACAGCUGUUCAAGAAAAAGUGCUUAGUCUGAUUCAAAGCUGGGCCGAUGCAUUCCGCCAUCAAACAGAAUUGUCAGGCGUGGUGCAGGUGUACCAUGAUUUGAAACAGAAGGGGAUCGAGUUCCCAAUGACUGAUCUGGACACAAUGGCCCCCAUUCAUACACCGCAGAGGAGUAUCCCAGAUGCAGAUGUCACACUGGGUGUGUCAUCACUUCAGACUCACAUGCCAGCAUCACCAACGCCAGUUGUGUCGCCACAUGCGAUUCCUCCAGGCUCCCCUGCCACACAGCCUGUGACGCCCGCUUCCCAGAUUGGACCCACUGUUCUUUCUUUUGACCAGCUCGGCAAGCUGCAGAGCGAACUAGAUGUGGUGCAGGGAAAUAUGGUGGUUUUGAGUGAGAUGCUCACAGAGCUGACGCCUGGCGAGGAGCAUCCCAGCGACCUGGAGCUCCUGAAGGAGCUACACAGUACAUGUCAAGCCAUGCAGCAUCGGCUGGUUGAGCUGAUAGGCAAAUUGGCUAAUGAUGAGAUCACCGCAGAACUCCUUCGAGUUAAUGAUGAAUUGAAUAAUUUAUUUUUAAGGUAUAAUCGGUUUGAAAAUAACCGUGAGGCUAGUCUGCAGACUGUGAAGGCACCAGCAGCCCAAGUUGUGACAGCAACUCAGAAACUGGCAGUGGAGGCCGGAGCUGACGCUCUCAUAGAUCUGAGUGACGAAGCUGCCCCUUCCGUUACCUCGAGGGGAGUGGCGGAUGGUCCUAACCUUAACACCAAAUUUGCUGGACUAAGUUUAGGGAGUGGUAAUGCAACAGCGCAGCUGAGUAUGAUCAGCUGUGUGCCAGCCCAACAUGGCUCACAACAGAAGGAAAAGGAGGAUACAGAGUUUGAUAUGUUUGCUCAGUCCAGAAACGUCACUUACGAGUCUUCCAAAGCGGGUGGCAGCACAUAUCAGGACAACUUGGAGCCGGAUCAGCUGAACGCAGCGCUUGGAGCCAUAGCCCAAAAUCGGACUCAGGCGGUUACCGCUGAUGCAUCAUCUCAGCAGGAGGAACUGAUUAGGAUGCACAAGGAGAGUGACUUUGAUGAAAUGGCUGCUUGGCUAGAUGAUAAGCCAGAAUCUGGUGGUGCCGUGACUGUUCCUGAAGAAUCGCUGACGAGCAGUGAAUUUGAGCGGUUUCUGGCAGAGAGAGCUGCUGCUGCGGAGGCGCUGCCAUCUGUGACAGCAGGGUCGGCUGUAAGCACAACCACCACCACCACCACCUCUUCCUCCUCGAGUGCAUCCAGGUCACAUCAUCGCCAACUGAAUAAGGAAGCUGAUUCUGAGAGCUCGCUGUUUGCCUUGUGAGGCAUUCUUUUUCCCCUUGUGAAUGACCGUCACUUGUAUUUCCGAUAUGCAGCUUCGGUUUUUGGCUGUUUCCAGUGUUGCAGUCAACGUACUUAUGAAUUGACACAUCUGAUGAUUAACAAAAUUGUACUGAAGGUAUUUUAAGUAGACCUACAAAUAUUUACUGUAAAGUUAGAUGUUUAAACAAUCCAUAACAUAAGAGACAGAAUAUUCCUACCUUGGUAGCUGAGGUCUGUUUGAUAUGUAUUAGAAUUAUCUUAAUUUGUUUUUGGUUGUCUUUAAUGGAACUGUGCUGUUAAUGCUGGUUGGGUAUUAUGCAUAAUACAGUGCAGUCGUCUUGAGGGCAUUUUGCAAAAUGUUCAGGCAUCCAGAUGGAGACAUCAAUCAGAGACAGCUCAACAAUAUACAGGAAGCUCUGAAAUGAUAACUCUGUGAAUGCAGCCUCAGGUACCAGAUAAUUUUGAAAACAAAUUACAUCACACACAUAUUGAACCGAAGAACUGUGUAGGUCUAUCUUAUAUGGCUGACUGCUUAACUUUUCCACUGCUGUAUCAGGAAAUGGCGUGGGGCCUUAUCCCAUGCUGAAUUGUCUGUAGCAAGGUCUUCAUAUUUGGCCUCCCUAUAACUACUUGAGAAAUUGCUUAUAUAUUCAGCUUCAUUAUGAUUGUCAUGUGAAGUAAAACACAAAUCAAGGGUUUAAAAGAUGUCUUCACUUACAUUUCAUGGACAUUGCCAUCCAAGCAGCUGGUUGGUUAAAACAGCAUGACUGCAGAUAUACAUGGCAUCCAAAGUACAGUACAAUCUAAAAGUAACUCCAACUUUCACAAAUUAUGCACUAAUGGGAUCUCAUGUAAUUUUUUUAAUUUCAUUUUGGAGGCAAAAAUAACGUUCUUUUCUUUAUUACCUUUGUACAAGACUAUAUGGCGUCACAUCCCAGAAGACUUCACUUCUCGUAUAAAUUGCUAUGAGAACCCUCCAUGUCUUUUGUUUUAGAAUUUACUUCACAAAAUUUAUUCCCUGCCUUCCCCCUCUGCUAUUUCAUACUGUUGUGGCUUGUUAUGCAUACAGCCAUAUACUGGAAUGUACCAUAUUUGUUUUGUAUGUUGAGAAUUUAUUCUUUGUGUUUUGUUUUAUUCUGAGAAUCAAGGGUGUUAUAUUUUGUUAUUUCAGUAGAGUUUUAGAGGAAAGGAUUUGUAAUAUGCAUAAUAUCUACCAUCCAGUUUUUAAUAACUGAUUAAAACUGUUCUCUUUGACUUUGUCAGUUAUCAGAGUUUCUUUCAAAAUCAGAAAUUGGAUCUGUUUCCGGUGUCCGUUUUUUGAGAACAGCUGUACCAAGGGAGCCAGCAGAAUAGAUUUGUAUUCACAUAAUAAUGGAGACAGCCAGUUUCUGAAAUGUAGUUGUUUUGAAAGAAUGGGAUAAUGGAUAAAGUGCAAAAAUACAGUCUUAAUAUGUUACAUCACCAUAAAAAAUGUUAAACUUGGUUUAUAAUUUUGAAUAUUUGUUUAGUUCAGGUGAAAUCUUAGUUAGGACUGUGAUGGACUGAGGGCCUCUGUUUAAGUUGUGUCACUCCUGUUAGGAUGUUGGAUCACAUUAAUUAUCAAGCUUGCAUAGAUAUGUCUUUUUAAUAAUUACAGUUGCUUCAGCUAUCAAAUGAGGUAUUUGAGUGAACUGAACAUUAAUAAGAUUUGUUGGAACUGACAUGAGGGACAGAAGUACCGCUAGUUAGUGAAUAGUUCUCACAGUGCAAAUAGAUAAAAUGCACUCCUUAUCAUACACUAUAGUAAUCCAUACCAUAGCCUUACAUAUGUUUGAAGUACCAAAGAUGAUGAUUAAGUCAGAGAUGAAAUGUAAUGUAAAGUUAGAUGAGAAACUCAAGUAUGAGAACACGAAAAAUAAAGUUACAUGAGGAUAAAUAAUAAAUAUAUUUUGUUCAUAUGUCUCUGUCAUGUUCUUUUGUAUGGUUUUCACUUUAGUCUUCUUCUUCUUCUUCUUCUUCAUCAUAUUUUGAUUCUUCAGUGUUUUGUGGACAGGUAUGUUAGCAUAUAUAACAUGUGAGCGUGUGUUUACAGAAUUAGUCAAAAUAUUUAGUGUGCCCCACCACAUAAUGCUCAGACUUCAUGAGCAUAUUCCACAUGUCAUUUGAAGCAAAAAGUGUCCUCUGAAUAAUAAUUGUUUUCAUCGCCCUUAUCGAGUUACAGACUGCCAUAAUGUAGCACUGAAUACAAACCCAGCUUCCCUUUAAAUCGCUCUGUUACUAACUUAGACGUUUACAGCUGAAGUAAGUUCUUACAGUGAUCUCUGAAUCAAAUAUGCACUUGGUCUAGCGACUGUUGCCUUUAACGGGUGCUUUUGUGGAACGAGAAAUGACUGCACCAGGUAAACACAACAGCAAGACCGAAAAUAAAUGGGUUACAGUGAUCCUAGCCUGCUGUAUUACUUAACUUGGUAACAGUGAUGUUUAUAGGAAAUACCUUGUGUCAGAUGACAUAGAAUAUUCUUCUGAAGUCUGACCAUUAUGCGGUGGACUAUUCUGUAUAAUAUUUCAUCAUGUAUGAUAUUAUGAACAAAUUUUAUAUUUUAGGUGGAUUGUCAAAAGGGAACCAAAAUCUUAGGCAGGCCAAGGUUCAUGCAAAACAUGUGAAUUUGUGUGCAGUAUCAGGUUUUUUUUCCCAUACAAAAUUAAGCAUUUCAUCAGCAUCUCAGAAUUGUGUUCAGUGGCAACUCCAGCCCGUGGCCUGUAGUUAUCCUGCCUCUGGUCUACAGCUACAAGAAGUUCUCUGCAGGGUGAGUUAUGAGGGUGGAUAGGACAACCAGAAGAGGGACUGUAUCUUAUUACUGAAUUGCCAGUUGAAGUACUUGCAUCAUGAACAAAAAUGGGUUCAUAUUAUAUAUAUCCUGUUAGGUACAAGUUACAGGUUUAUGGGGUAAUGUGUAGUUUCAGCUUCCAGGGUUCAGUUUUGUUGUGUACUGAAGUGGUCCAAUGUUUUGGCAUACAUUCACCAUCUUCAGAGUGAAUAAGGAUGGCAUCCAGUGUAUAGUUUUUGCAGUGGAAAUAAGAACGAGAAUGUAGUGCUGUCCAGCAGGAAAGUUUUCGUGCUCCCACCGUGAGAUUUGUGUCCGCUUCCCAACUGGAUAUCACUGUGCUCCAUAAUACAGGGUUAGCCUAAAAGAAAUAGAAGUUUAAAUAACUCAUGUUCGUGAAACUUACAGGCGCAACCCAAAAAGGCGACAACACAUGCAAGUUUAGAACUUCAAGUUCCACAAAAGACUAUGUGGAAUAUCUUGCGGAAACGUUUACGAAUGUUCCCUUACUGGUUGCAAUUAUUGCAGAACCUCACUGAAAACGACAAAAUCCACCGUCACUCAUUCUGUAUGGACAUGCAGCAACGGAAUGAAGGAAGUAAUGAUUUCUUUAGCAGGCUAGUUUAGUGGUACGGUGAACAAACACAACGUUCGUAUAUGGGGAAAUGAAAACCCGAGAGCUGUAGUAGAGCGUGUGAGGGAUUCACCUAAAGUGCACAUUUUUUGUGCUGUAUCCCGUAAAAAGGUGUACCCAUGUAAACUUCGGGCCAUACUUUUCAAACCAUAUAAGUAUCUCGACCAUGCUCUUAAAACUCUUCUUUCUGUAAAACUUUGAAAGUCUCUAUUUCUUUUAGGCUAACCCUGUUCCUAUGUAUUAAGCCAGACCCUCUUGGCUCAUUCCCCUUAAGACAGGCAAUUCCACUGUAUGCCGAAACAUUUUCUCUUCUGUAUUGACUUGGAAGGGGACAAAUUCCAGUCACAUCAAACGCUUGAGUCACUGUUUGGUCUGUUGUGUGCCCCCAAGUCUUAUACUCUGCCCUCACUGCUAGAGCCAAAAUGCUUUUGGCUGAGGUUUUAUCAGAUCUCUCUUACUUCUGACCAUGUGAAACUGAAGAAUGCUGAAAUACCGGAACGACUUCAGCACACACCGUAACUCUACUCCGAAAGUUUAAAAUUACACAUUAGCUAAAGAACGAGAAAGUCUAUACAAAUACUAUGUUUCUGGACAUUAUCCAUUGUUCUGUUUUUAUUUAAACACAUUGGAUAAUGUCCAGAAACAUAAUGUUUGUAUUAAUGUACCCUCAUCACCAGUUUUUAGAGAGUUUAUGGUCGUAGCAUUCGGCAGUUUGACACGUUACAUGUCUCAGUGAUAAUUAGAACUGUAGUUCAAAUUUAGAAACAUGUAUAACACUUCAUUUUAGUUUAGGAGGAGAAGUCAGGGAAGUUAUUAAUUUUUAAUUAAGAUUGAAUCCAACAAGAGGACACACCAUGGAAACAUUUAUUGACUGUUAAAAUAUAUUGUUUUAUGCUAUGAGAUGCGUAAAAGUGAAUGAUACUCGAGACUUGAAAUGAGUGGUAAUGAUUCUAAAUGCAAUUGACUGACUGAUAUGUAAAUCAGAUUGUGUAAGUUAUAAUCCUGAUAUAUACAGCUGUAUUAUACUAAUUGUAACUGUAUAUUUGUUCUCUUGCUUAUUUAUAUGCGGAAGUAAACACUCGUGCUUUACAUGUGAAGUGAUUGGACAUGAACUGUUAUUUUUUAAGAGAGACUGGAAAUUUUAAGAGAAAUAUUUUAAAUUAUGGUUGUAACAUAACAAUUUUUAAGCUAAGGUAUUCAAAAUGUCAUCAGAGAUCAUUUUGCUAUGUGUUAGGUUCCUUUAGAAACAAGCAGUCUCCUUGUUACUGGCUUAUGUGCAGGAUAGUGAGAAGUGGAUGUGAUGGUUUGCACUGAAAAUAAUGAAUUUGGUGUCACAGAAAAUGUAGCAGGUGAAGGUUUAUUAUGGAUUGGUGAUAUCCUAUAGCAAGUUGAAAAAAUGAAGGCAGGAAGUUUUCAGUGCCAGCUUGCAAAGCAUUGUUUCUUUAACUAAAAACGAUUUGAUCAAAAAUGUUCAAUAUAUGUAUCAGAUGAAUAAUAUGCUUUUUUCAUAAAUCUCUAUACUUCACAGCCUAUAUUCCUAUACAUUUGGCAGCAGUGUGCUACUGCCAGUUCAUGUUUUGUUACGUGUUUAGAAUUCAGACUGGUUAUCUUCACAGCAAAGCUUAAAUGUGAAUAUCAGCCCUGAUGGCAGUAGUUAAAGCCAGUCAGGAUGGUGAAUUGUAUUUUUGCUUGGCUUCCUAAGUGCUUGGUAUUUAUCGUUUGGAAACUUUAUUCCUAAAGAUAAUCUCUCUGAAUGAUGGGCAGGUAUGUUAUAUAUACAUAUUUAAGGGAUGGAAACUGUAAAAAUAUUGGUUAAUGCAUUACAUUAUGCCUCCAAUUAACACAUAACUUUGAUGUAUAAGAUUCAUUGUAUGCAUAUGUGAAAGAUGUUCAAGUUUUCCUGCAAGUCAUACAAAAAAGAAGUAUGUACUUGUAUACUGUUAUUAUAUUUGAUCAGAUCUAUUACUUAUUUUGGAUAUGUCCUGUCACUGUCAUGAAUGUGGUAAAUUUUGUAGCAUUGUGUGUCUGGAACAACUUCAAGACUUGCAUCAUCAUCGGGAAUUUACUAGGUUCUAUUUCCAACACACAGUGGGAAUCAAAAUCGCUGUACUGUAAGGUUGCCUGCCAUGGGAUGAUAUAAUCUUGAAGAUGUUUUAGACAAAGUUUAUCUUACCUGUUUCUUAAAUGGGAGGCAAAAUUAGAACUGAAAAUGUAAUUUGGAAGUUUGUAAGCCAGGCUACAUGAUCCUACAUUAUUCAGCAUACUGUAAAGGAUGUUAUACCUUUUAUUCUAUAUUAGGAUUAAUAACUGCGUUUUAUCAAUGAAUAAAUGUCUUGACACUAUUUGUAAAACUCUGUAAGUAAGUUGCCAUUGGUAAUUGGUUCUGACUACAUUUUAAAUAUAAAUUUGUUUACUUUGUUGGCUGAAUGGCUAGUAGACCUGUAUAAUUUUCUGUAAGGAAGCUAAUAAUUGUUGAUGGAAUGUGUUAACAUGCAUGUUAAAUCCUGUAUGAGAUUUGAGGUUUUUACAUCAAUGAAGAUUAUGACUGUAAUCUGAGUUGUGGCACCAAGUAUUCUGAAAUAUGGUUACCAACAUUUUAGAGGAAAAUUUCUGCCUUCGUCUCUCAACAUUUGCCCUGAGAAUGGAGGCAUGAUUUUCUCCAGAACGUUGGUAACCUUUUAUACUGAAGUCAGGGAAGAAAGCCACGUUGAGCACACCCCUCCAGCACACUUCCUUAUAUUCCCUUCAGGUUCUCUGCUGAUUGUUCACAGGAAUUUUGGUAGUGAUAAUCAUGUGAUGGGCUUCAACAGUGAUUAAUGCUUCAGAUAUGUUGACAUAGGCCAGAUAGGGCUGGAGGGGAAUUAGCAGUAGGCAGAAAGGGGAAAGCCUCGAGUUUCGUCAUCCCCACUGUCUAUGGGAAUUCCUUCUGUGGUCCUGGUACAGCAGAGUACAUGGAAGACUACAAUGUAUGAUGUACCCAGCAUCCAAGAUAGCCGAAGUAUGUCUGUGUAAGUAAUGCUUUGAAGAAUGUCCCAGUUGUAUAUAUGUUUUGUUUUAAAGCUGGUAUAGAAGUACUGCUACUUGUUGAACAUUUAUUUAAAUUAUAUUCAGUGUUAUGCAUGUUGCCAUGUUAUAAUGGAACAUUUAAGGCCUAUUUAUUAGUUAAUUUGUUAAUUAAUUAAAAGUGAAUAAGAACAAGUAAUGUCUGAAGAAAAUACUUGAUAAGGCUUAUAUUCUCUGUGGUGUGGGAAAUGCCCAGGCAUUGCUUUUGUAUGUUAUAUUUGAUUUACAUUAAAAUUUUAUUGUGAUAGCAUUAUGA